AUGGCAUUUUAUCAUUGUCCCUAUAUCCCUAGAACUGGAGAAAUCUGUAAUUGGCCAUGUUAUCAUCCCAAGGGAUGCAAAGUUCACCGGGAUUCACCUAUUCAUUAUCCUUGUAAAGAAUAUGGUUGUGUUAAGUUAACUUAUUCCGAUUAUGGUUAUUGUGAUCCCCAUGCACAGAAACAUCGUAGAAGAGAGUAUAAGCAUCAGAAGAAGCUAGAGAAGAUGGCACAAAAAUCAGAAAAUUUUACUUUAUUUUCAGUGACUUUGGUGACAGUAUAUAAGAACAAGAUAAAAAAGAAUUUAAAGCCAAAAUUUAAUAAUAAACCCGUCACCAAAGUUGUCACCAAAGCUGUCACCAAAGAUUUUUCAGUGACAGAUAGCAUACCCGCUAAAAUGUAUAUAGCAUACUCGAUAGCAAUUACGCGACAUAUAUUUGAUGAAUCAGAGAUUCGAGGCUUUGCCUCAUAG